CUUCUCCCGGACGCAGGGCUCGGGCGCCUCCCGCCUCCCGCCGCGGCGCAGCUCCCGGCGGCUCGGGCUCCGGCGCCGGCGCCGGCGCGGCUCAUGCCCCCAAGCGCGGAGCGCGUAAGUGGGCUGGUGGCCGCGGGGAGAUAGGCCCCCGGGGGCGGCGGCGGCGGGACCAUGGCUGGGAGACUCGGGGCGCCGGCUGCCUACGUAGAGGAGUUCUCCUUCGUCAGUCCGCUGGUGAAAUACCUGCUCUUCUUUUUCAACAUGCUCUUCUGGGUCAUUUCCAUGGUGAUGGUGUCCAUAGGAGUCUAUGCGCGGCUGAUGAAGCAUGCAGAAGCAGCCUUGGCCUGCCUGGCAGUGGACCCAGCCAUCCUUCUGAUUGUCGUGGGCGUCCUCAUGUUCUUGCUCACCUUCUGUGGCUGUAUUGGAUCCCUCCGCGAGAACAUCUGCCUCCUGCAGACGUUCUCGAGCUGCCUCACCGUCGUGUUCUUGCUGCAGCUGGCUGCUGGGAUCCUGGGCUUCGUCUUCUCAGACAAGGCGCGAGGGAAGGUGAGUGAGUUCAUCAAUAACGCUAUCGUGCAUUACCGAGACGACCUGGACCUGCAGAACCUCAUUGACUAUGGCCAGAAGGAGUUCAGCUGCUGUGGUGGGAAUUCCUACAAGGACUGGUCCCUGAAUAUGUACUUCAACUGUUCAGAAGACAACCCGAGCCGUGAACGCUGCUCUGUGCCUUACUCCUGUUGCUUGCUUACCCCCAAGCAGGCAGUGAUCAACACCAUGUGUGGCCAAGGAAUGCAGGCCCUUAACUACUUGGAAGCUGGCAAAGUCAUCUACACCAAUGGCUGUAUUGACAAAUUGGUCAACUGGUUACACAGCAACCUCUUCUUACUUGGUGGUGUGGCACUGGGCCUGGCCAUUCCCCAGCUGGUGGGGAUCCUGCUGUCCCAGAUCCUCGUGAAUCAGAUCAAAGAUCAGAUCAAGCUACAGCUCUACAACCAGCAGCACCGGGCUGACCCAUGGUACUGAGAAUCCACCCUCCACCUACGCACUGUGACGACUGG